GUAUUAGCACUGUGUUAGGAAUCCCGACAGUCCACUGUCAGAUUCAUCUUUAGAGACAACCGUUAUCUGUUCCACCACAAGAGGGCAAACAUUGGCAACUGUUUUUUUUUGUACAGAAUAAGCAGUGUUUCCCAACCUUUAGUGACCCAAGCUGAAUAUUUUACAUGAGAAAAAAAAGUAUUUUACACUACCAAACAAAAUUGAGCGAAAAAGUGGAUACAAUGAUCCAGUGGAAUAUCAUGUCAUUGUUUUGCGUGUGAAUAUAAUUUGUGCUAUUGAAAGAUGAGCAAAACUCGCCACUAGGUGCUUUCAAAGUUAAUAUUGACUCUUCAAAUCAGAAGGUCAUCCAAGUGCCGGUUUGUACUCCUCAGAGUUUUAUCACUUCAAAUAUAUUUUCAUCAAGUCAUGGCCUUAUACCCACAAUGUCCGAUCGUAACAUUUUGGAGCUCUGUUGAGCUUUCGGAUGUUUCCCGGGCAACCGGGGGCCGAGGACAGAGGGAGGAUCCAGUGAGAGAGCAGGGGGUGUGUUUUACAUUCGUUGGUUUCUUGCUUGAUUUAACCCGUCUGCCUCCCUCAAACACACCCAGAUGGUCAAACCCGCCGCCUGCUGCCUGAAAGAGACUCUCAGAUUUCUCACUGACCUUUUAUCUGGAGCUUUUGAUCAAAUUUGCCCAAAGAAAUCUGUAUCGUAUACAAGGUAAGGCAAUACUUCCACCAUGUUUUUUUUGUAUGCUGGAUAUAUUUAUUUUUCUAGACGUAUGCUAACAAUUGUAUUCUUUCAGUUGUGGUGACUGAAGAAACAGCAAAUCUAUGUGGGUAGUGGAGAAGAUCCGCGUUUCGCUGGAGAGCUCCGCCCUGCCCGCGCCAUCAACAGAAUUCAGCUUCAAGAUCGGCGACAUCAUGUUUGGGGACAAAUCGGACAAACACCCAAAAAUGUCCCUGUUCCCCAAUGUCAUCACCCCUGACAACAUACCGGAGUUCUGCAUCCCGCCUACCAUCCCGUCGUGCCCGCAGGAGCUAAAAAACACGGACCACAGCCGAGCGGUUCGUGUCGCCAAAGCAAGCCACUGUGAGAAGGUUGAGGUGGAGGUGGUGCACCAUGAGGCCCUUAACCCUCACAUAAUCCAGGUGGAGAGCGUGGAUGAAGGCCCCUACGAUGGCUGUAGCGAUGAGGAGACAACAAACGCAGAUCCUCAAAGCCAGGCUGCCUUGUCCCUCCCCCAUAUGGCCAAAGCUCAGACCUGCUACGGCUUUUGCACCUUGCUGGAGAGCCCACACACCAGGAGGAAGGAGUCUCUCUUCCACUCCGAUCCGGGUUCCUCUCCUCUGCUGCUGCCCAGGAGCCGAUCCGCCACCUGUUCCAAAGUCACCUCGCCCCCUUUGUCCUCUCCUUCCUCCUUCAGCCUCAACAGUCUGUCCUCCCGACUCUCCCCGAGAGGACACAAUCUCAACUGGCAGGGCGUCGCGGACAGCGACACGACGUCCUCUACGGAGUCGUCUCCUUUCAGUUCUCCGCUUCUGACCAGAUGCCCCGCCAAGUCGUCCCUCUUCAAGGCACUGAGCCAUGAACUGCUGCUAUCGCGGAACAUAAGGAAGGCCAUGGUGUCCAGGAAUAAUUCGCUGUCCACAGAUGAAGGCAGCUCGACUGACAACAGUCCCAACGUGAUGAGGAGGGCAUCGGAAGGCUUAGGUGAGGGCCUCCCCGGCUGCUGUCGUCUGGCACCCCCGACUAUCUUCCCCAUGGAUUUGACCCUGCAUCGGGAGCGGGUGAUGAAAGAAAAAACGGUGCCGAUAGGGAAGGACGGCAGCCUGAGACUCUCAGGGGAGUACUGCCCUGACAACCAAAGACUGAGGGUACGACUAAUCAGCGCCGACGGCCUGUACCCUUUGUCCGUCGACUCCAAGAUCAUUAACUGCAGUGUCAGCAUCUCACUGGCUCCGGGGAAAGUUCAGAAGCAACGCAGCACUGUCAUCCGAAAGAGCCGCAAUCCCAUCUUCAACGAAGAUUUCUUUUUCGAUGGCAUUUCAGAGGAAGACCUCGGCGUGCGCUCUCUUCGCUUCAAAGUGGUCAAUAAAAUGUCCACCCUUAAAAGAGACUAUCCGCUGGGUAGCUGUGAUUUGCCUCUUAGCACCCUUGUCACCUUCAACCAUUAGGUCAUCCACAUUUGUUAUUCAGGUAUUAAAUUAUUUCUCUGCAUUUUUUUCUUUUUUUGGGUGGGGGGGGGGGUAACUUGAUAUGAUUUUUUCCCCUAAUGAAUAAAUUAUAGGAACCCUCAAUUGCUUGACAUUCA